AUGUUGUUCUACUCAUUUUUUAAAUCACUCGUUGGGAAGGAUGUCGUUGUUGAAUUAAAAAAUGAUCUGAGUAUUUGUGGUACAUUACAUUCUGUGGAUCAAUAUUUGAAUAUCAAACUCGUUGACAUAAGUGUAACUGAUCCUGAAAAAUACCCACAUAUGGCUUCUGUAAGGAACUGUUUCAUCAGAGGUUCAGUGGUUCGCUAUGUACAACUACCAGCAGAUGAAGUUGAUACACAGUUGUUACAAGAUGCUGCACGUAAAGAAGCAACAGUCACACGCUAA